AAGGAAAAGUUAGCAAAGAUGCCAGGACUCGACGAGACCAACAACGAAAGCUACAGAUACCUGAGAAGUGUCGGAAACAACUGGCAGUACAAUGUCGAGGACCUUCACCCCAAGAUGUUGGAACGUCUGUACAAGAGGUUCGACACUUUCGAUCUCGACACUGACGGCAAGAUGAGCAUGGACGAGAUUAUGUACUGGCCCGACAGAAUGAGACAGCUGGUCAACGCUUCUGACGAACAGAUUGAGAAGAUGAGAGCUGCCUGCGACACCUUCUUCUUCCACAAAGGAGUAAACCGAGACACCGGUCUCGCACGAGAGGACUGGGUUGAAGCUAACAGAGUCUUCGCUGAAGCCGAGAGAGAAAGGGAACGACGUGGAGAAGGAUCUUUGAUUGCCCUCCUCUCCAACUCUUACUACGAUGUCCUGGAUGAUAGUGGUGAUGGUACUGUCGAUGUCGAAGAGCUCAAAACAAUGAUGAAAGCCUUUGAUGUACCCCAGGAGGCUGCCUACACCUUCUUCGAGAAGGGUGAUACUGACAAGACCGGAAAGCUGGAGCGACCUGAACUGGUCCAUCUCUUCAGAAAGUUCUGGAUGGAGCCAUACGAUCCCCAGUGGGAUGGUGUCUACGCUUACAAAUACUAGAUCGUAUUCACUUGGAACUUGAUGAUAUCUUACCUGGAAUGGACUUGAAUUCGUGAUCUGUAAACGAUCUUGGAAAUUUCCUUUUUUUGUUUUCGAUAUUUUGUUUUCUAAAGUUUAAACUCACAUCAAACUUACCUUGUAUUUUAGUAUUGAAAUGUUUUGUAAUUAAUUAUAAUCAUCACUUAACUUGGGUAUGAUAAUGAAUGUUAGACUUAUACUUUACUA